AUGGCGCUCGCGCUGCUGGCGCACGGAUCAGCGGCGCUCAGCGGGGCUCUCAGCCAUGUGCCCUUUGAGGUCAAUGCGGAGGAGCGCGCUGCUGUCACCUGCCCCUCUAGCCUCGUCCUCCACGGCCGCUCCGGCAUGGGCAAGACAACAGUCAUUCUGCACCGCGUGCUGCGCCUCCACUGCCUCUUCCGCCUCUCCACCCUCCCGCCCCACCUGCUCCUUGGAAUGCAUAACUCUGAUGACCCGUCAAUCAGCGGGUGGGGUGACGGCGUGGGCGGUGGCAAGGGGAACGGGAGCGCGGGCGGGCUGCGGCAGGUGGUGGUGACUCGCAGCCUCCACCUGUGCGCGUCGAUUCAGACGGAGCUCACACAGGCUGCACGAGCCAUUGCAGCCCUGGAUGCGGUCCAAGCUGGCUCGCCCCUGCCACUAUUGCCCCAGGUGGGGCAAUGCGAGCGCGGAACAGAGGGAGCUCCAGCACCCAUGCCGCCCAGCACCGGCAGCAGCGGCGGUGGCGGCGGCAACGGGCUGCUGAUGCGGGAGGACCUGGAGAGCGCGCUCAUGGGGGGUCUUCCGCCGUGCAUCGCCGCCAUUCCCGCCGCCGCCUUCCCCCUCGCCCUCACUCUCUCCAAGCUGCUGCGCCUGCUCGACGCGUCCGUCACGUGCCCCUUCCUGCGCUCCACGCGGCGCCGGCGCCGGCAGGAGGAGGAAAAGCAGCGCCUGGUGCUGGCGAUUGCUGUGAGCGGGCGGGGCAUAAGGCAGGCGUGGGAGGAGGGGAAGGCUGGGGGCGCGUGGAGAGGCCAAGUGGCGAAGGAAAGGUGGGAGGCGAGGGGGAGGCGAGGCCCUUCACAGGGGGACAGGUGGGGAGAAGGCGAGGGAAGCAGAGGUGAGAGUGGGGGUAAGGUCUGGGAUGGGCAGCGGGAGCAGCCGGUGAAGGGUGGACGAGGGAAGGAGGCGGUGGAGGAGGAGGGGGAGGGGGAGAGAGAGGAGGAUGUGGAGGUGGAUUAUGAGCUGUUCAGACGCCACUACUGGACGCACCUGGACCAACGAGCCACCAGCAGAUCUGUGAUGGAUGCAGCGUAUGUGUGGCGCGAGAUCAGCUCGCACAUCAAGGGCAGCCUGCAGGCGCUGCAGUGGCUGCAGGGGCACGUGGGCGAGGAGGAGUACGUGGGGGGUGUGGUGGGCAGCAACGAGCGCACGAGCGCGAUGAGGGGGGCGGACCGGCAGGCGGUGUAUGAUGUGUUCCGGGCGUAUGAGAGGAGGAAGAUGCGGCAGGGCGAGUAUGACUGCGCGGACCUAGUGGGGUAUCUGCACCGGGAGGUGCGGCGCAUGCGAGCAAGCAACGAGCCGUGGUGGACAGUGGAGGAUGCCGUUGCCACUCGCAGGUGCGCCGUCGGUAAUGCGCCGUUGCCAACAUGCCACCCAUCUCACCCAUCUCACCCGUCGCACCCGUCGCACCCAUCGCACCCGGUGCAGGCGAUGCAGGCGGUGCAGGCAGUGUUUGAGUGUGUGGCGGUGGAUGAGGUGCAGGACCUCACUCAGGCACAGCUUGCUCUGCUGCCGCUGCUCUGCUCCAAUGUUGCUUCUGGCUUUGUGCUCGCGGGCGACACGGCUCAGUCCAUCGCUCAUGGCGUGGACUUCCGCUUUGAAGACCUUGCCAGGGUUGUCUAUAGCGAGUUUCUGAAUAAAGGGGAUGAGUGCGGCCGGGACCGGCUGCAUGAGGAGCUGAGCACAGUGGAAGGGGCAAAGCCGGUGCUGGCGGCGGUGUCCCCCUCGUGGAAGCAGCAGCUCGCUCAGGGCUUGCCUCUGAGCGCCACUCAGGCCAUCAUAGUGCGCAGCGCAGAGGAGAAGAGUGCCUUGGCUGCUCACUUCAGGCUGAAGCCUGUGGUCCUCACGGUGGAGGAGUGCAAGGGUCUCGAGUUUGAGGACGUACUGCUCUUCAACUUCUUCACCUCACCGCACUCCACAGCCCCUUGGCACCUCGUGUAUGCUUACAUGCGCACCGCUGCCCUCUCUCCUCCCCCCGGCACCCGGCUGCCUUGUGCCUGCGCCACCACGGGUCGUAGCAGCUGCACUCUUUGCACCCUGGAUGACCUCAGGCACUGGUCGCUGUGUUCGGAGUUGAAGCAGCUGUAUGUGGCAAUAACGAGGGCCAAGCAGAGGCUGUGGGUGCUGGAGGAGAGGGGAGCAGGGGAGCGCACGCCCAUGGGGGACCUGUGGGUGGCGAUGGGCAUCGUGGCAGAGAAGCAGGAGAGGGAGGUGCGCCCGGAGGCAGUGAAGCGCGUGUCCAGUGACAAAGACUGGAAGGCCCUCGGCUUCACUUUCUUCCAAAGAGGAGAUUACGAGGCAGCGCGGGCGAGCUUUGUGCGGGCGGGGGACACGGUCAAUGCAUGCUUUGCAGAAGCCACCAUGUACUACGAGGCGGGCAUGGGGCGCACAGCACAUGGCCCACCACCACCACACCCAUCCGUUGCCGCCACAGCCCUGUCGGCCUCCUCUGCAUUCUCAGCCUCGUCUGCGCUGCCCCCAGUGCUCCCGGACCUCUCUGUGCUGUCCUCCUCGGAUCUGCUCCUGGCUGCGGCCCGGUGUUUUGAGGGCAUCAAGAGGGGCUUGGAGGCGGGCCGUGCGUAUGCCAAGGCUGGGUGCUACGAGGAAGCAGCACGUGCGUAUCUCACGCUCUGCCGGCCUCCUGACCACGCCAACGCUGCCCGGUGCUACGAGAAGCUACGCAGGUUCGCCGAAGCAGCUGACUGCCACAGCGCCUUGGGCGACAGACCCAGCGCCCUCUCUACCUGCCUGCGCGGCAGCAUCUUCACCAAGGGCCUCUCACUGCUGGACGCCUGGCAGGCACUGGAGUCUCACCGGGGAAACGAAUCCAGCCCGGCAUCAGUGGGGCCAAGGAGUGGUGGUGGCGUGACCCACCUGAGGCGUUGGUACGUGGAGGAAUGUGCCCGGCGGCUGGGAGAGCGAGGCGAGUUCGGCGAGAUGAUGGCGUUCGUGCACCUGCUGCCGGGCUUGCACGCCAAGCGCGCGUUCCUAGACAGCGAGCGGCACCUGAGGGAGCUGGCAGGGCUUGAGGAGCGGGAGGGCGACGUGCAGCGAGUGCCGGGGGUACUCGUGAGAGCAGGCAUGCUGUUGGAGGCAUCAGUCCACUUGUGGGAUCAGGGAUGGCCGGGCCGGGCCCUGGUGGCGUUUGUGCGGCACCUUCAGUGGCGGGUGAAUGCGGCGGGGCGGGGGGCGUGGCGGGUCGGGAUGAGGAGGGGGGAAGGUGGCAAUAGCGAGGGGGGGAGGAGGGGCGUAGCGCUGAGUAGGGAAGAGGCGGAGAUGGGUGGGCGGCUGCGGGGCGUUGAGACGGAGAGGCUGGAGUAUGCAGACAGGGCGCAGUGUGAGGGGUGCGAUCUGGCGUGGGCCAAGGUGGAGAUGAGUGUGCUGCUGUUCGUGCUUGAGCUUGAUUCUCAUGCUGAUGCUGCUGAUGGUGCUGCAACCCUUGCUUGUGGUGGUGCUGGUGAGAGAAGAGCGGGUUUUCCGGGUAUGCGCGCGGCAGGAGCUGCAGAGCACAGGGCGGGAAACACGGGCGUGUGUGCAUCUUGUGUGGAGCUGGGCAGAGCAACGAAUGCAGAGACGGAGGCUCGCAUGUCACAAGCGUGGACGAUGGUAAGCAGCGGUCAGCUGCUUCCAGGAGUACGCAUGGGCACGUUGUGCCAGGAGGAGUUGAGGGAGGCGGAGGAGCUGUGGGACGGGGGUGACGUGCUGCGGAAGGGCGCGGAGCAGGUGCGGCGAGAGAGGCGGGCAGAGAGCAGCGGCAUGGCACAGAGGGAGCAGAGGGACAGCAGGGGUGGUGAGCAGAAGGGGCAGGUGCAGUGGAAGGGAGCGGAGCAGCUGCGAGCCGAGGUGAUGCUCGCAUACACUGGGCUACAGGAGUCCCUCAGCUUGCUGCAGUGGGGGCAGCGCUGCCUGCUGCACUGCGUGGAGCACAUCCCAGCUGAGCUGUGCAGCAGUCACUCCUGCCCCCCUCCUGCUGCCCAUGCGCCCGAGUCUGCUGUUGCAGGAACCAUCACAGCUGCCAACGCAAUAGCAGCAGUAGCUGCAUCAACGGCUGCGUCAGCCAAUCGUGUUGGCGAACGAUCAGGGCCAGCAGCAGCGGCACUGCAGCAGUGCACUCUUCCCGCGCCGUCCAUCGCCCAUCUCCAUCACAAGGUGGCCCUGUGGUGGUGGCGGUGGGCUCGCAGGCUAGCGGCCCUCCUGCCCGCCCUGUGCCAUCUCCACAACCACUCCAUGCUUGAAGCAGACUGCCACUUGCCCCGCCUGCACGCCGCCUUCUCCCUCCUCUCCACCGCCUUCCACCGCCACAUUGUCUCCCCCUCCUCCUCCUCGUCCUCCUCCUCGUCUUCCCGCUCGUGCCAGAUUGACGACUUUGGGUUGGCGUGGGCGCGUGGAGAGAAGGCAGAAAGGCUGUCCACCACAGGGCGGAGUGGGAAGAUGGAGGGGAAACAAGCAGUGAAGGCGGUGAAAGAAGCGUGGGAGAAGGAAUACGAGAAGCGACUGGCGGAUACGAAGCGAGUGGUGUGCGAUGGGGUUGUGACGUGCUCCUCUGCACUCAUGAACAAGGCUUCCAUGCUCACGUGCAAGCAUCAUGUGCCCCCUCCGCCUGCAGAAUUGCCCACACGCCAUCAGGCACUGUUUUCGAGAACACCUCUGCUACCCACCUCCCUUGGCGCUUUGUUCCUCCUCUCUGAACCCUUUCUCUCUCUGCUCCCUUCUGCCACACUCUCCUCCUUUCCCUCUGCCUUCUUCCAACCCUGCUCUCUCACUCCCUCUCACAACCUCCUCACCUCCCUCCUCGUUCACCCACCUCCUCGUCCCUCCACGCACUCUCGCCUGCCUGGCCGCCCCCAUCCCUCACUCCUUCGCCUCAAGUCUGCCCUCACAGCCCUGCUUCAGCUGCCAGAUGAUCUGCCGGCGGUCUUGCAGGAGAAGGGAGCUGGAAAUACUGGAGACGGAAGUGGUUGUCAUGGAGGUGAGGGGAGGGGAGGAGGCGUGUGUGGUGGGAGCUGUAGCGGGGACAAAGGGGGUGAGGGAGAGGGGGUUGAAGGAGAGGGUGUGGUGGGGGUCAUGAGUGGGGAAGCGAUGGGGCAUGGAGCAGUGCAAGGGACGGUCGUUGCAGUGCCGCAUGGAGCAUGCUGGGAGGAGAUGAUCAGGCUCUCGAAGGACGAGGUGUGGAGAAUCACACAGCGGCUGCUUCUGUCUAUAGUCAACGCCUCCAGUGCUCCCGACAAUCUCCCAUAUCGCAAGGAACGGUUUGGUAGCUUGAAGGGGAACCCCCUCAUGGCCACCUCGCCCUGCAGCUUCUUUGACACUCUCUGCACACGAGCUCUGCUGUACCCGCAGGCCUCCAACACGUGGAACGUGCAAGCGGGCGACUGCCCGCACCUGCUGCUGUUCGGCCCGUCAGGCGCGGGCAAGAAGACGCUCGUGCUCGCGCUGCUGCGCGAGAUGUUCGGCCCCGGGGCUGAUAAGGUGAAAGUAGAGAACAAGCCGUGGAAGAUUGAGGCAGGCACGCGCAAGCUGGAGGUGGAGCUGACGACGGUGGCGAGCAACCACCACGUGGAGCUGAGUCCCAGCGAUGCAGGCUUCCAGGACCGAUAUGUGGUGCAGGAGAUCAUCAAGGACAUGGCGCGGAAUCGACCCAUUGACAGCAAGGGCAACAGAAGCUUCAAAGUGCUGGUGCUGAACGAGGUGGACCAUCUGAGCAGGGAGGCACAGCAUGCCCUACGGCGAACCAUGGAGCGCUACACUGCCGCAUGCCGCAUCGUCAUGUGCUGCUCCUCCGCCUCUCAGGUCACGGAGGCUCUUCGCUCGCGAUGUCUCAACCUCCGCAUCGCUGCUCCCUCUCACGACCAGAUAGUGGACGUGCUGCAGGAGGUGGCAGGCAAGGAGGGCGUGACCUUACCGCCCGUGCUGGCGGGGCGGAUGGCGGUGAGCAGCAACCGCAACCUGCGCAAGGCACUGCUGUCGCUCGAGGCUGCCAAGGCCGUCCACUACCCCUUCAGCGACAAUCAACUGGUGCAGCAGAACAACUGGGAGCUCUGUGUGGCUGAGAUCGCUGCUGACAUCAUCAGCGAACAGAGCCCCCGCCGGCUGUUUCAAAUACGAGCCAAGUUCUACGACCUUCUAAUCAACUGCAUCCCACCGCACCUCAUCCUCAAGCGCCUGACAGUGGAGCUGAUGCGCAAGAUGGAUGCGGAGCUGAAGCACGACGUGUGCCACUGGGCCGCCUUCUAUGAGCACCGGUUGCAUCUGGGGCAGAAGUCGAUAUUCCACCUAGAAGCCUUCGCUGCCAAGGUCAUGUCGAUCUACAAGGAGUUCCUCAUCAAUGCGUUUGGUGGAUGCAGAGCUUUAGCGGAUGUAUGUCGUACCAGUAUUGUAAUCCCUUGA